GCUCUGAGAGGAGAGGCGCUUCCUGUUUGCGUCUGGCCGGGGCAAGGGAGAUUAUGGCAGCCACGAUAGGAGGUGUAGGAGCUGCAUUGCCAGCGCUAUCACCAGCAGUGGACCCUGUUUCCUGCAUGCUUGGCCGGCGUGGAGCAAAGAGAGGGCCGAUUAACAUCUUGGCCCAGCUUCGGCAUGCACAGCUCAGCGGCCGGGGCCUGACGCGGGGGUCACAGAUCACAGGAGCUUUGUUAAAAGAAAGAGACAAACAAGCAAAGUGGAAUGGAAUUCCUUUGCUCUUACAAAAGCUCUAUGAGACUAGCCAUGCUAAUAGUGAUUUUUCUCAAUGUCAGAGCAUCUUAAAGGAAAUUUCUCCCCUCCUUUCAAUGGAAGCCAUGGCAUUUGUCACAGAAGAAAGAAAACCUGCUCAAGAAUCUACUUUUCCAAAUACUUAUACAUUUGACCUAUUUGGAGGUGUUGAUCUUCUAGUAGAAAUACUUAUGAGGCCAACAUUUAUUACACAGAAGAAAAAACAAAAGAUAAGUGAUGAUCUUAUCAAGGACUGCUUAAGCAUAUUAUACAAUUCCUGCAUAUGUACUGAAGGAGUCACUAAGCGAUUGGCAGAAAGAAAUGAUUUUGUGCUGUUCUUGUUUACACUGAUGACGAAUAAAAAGACAUUCCUGCAAACAGCCACCCUUAUUGAAGACAUUCUGGGAGUGAAAAAGGAAAUGAUCCAAUUAGAAGAUAUUCCAAAUCUCGCCAAUCUCGUCUCCAGUUUUGACCAACAGCAGCUAGCAAAUUUCUGCAGGAUCCUUGCAGUUACAAUUUCAGAGCUUGACACAGGCAGUGAUGAUAAACACACACUACUUGCUAAAAAUGCUCAACAGAAAAAAAAUUUAGGUCCUUCUCGAGCAGAAAUAAAUCAAGCUACCCUUCUCAAUAUACCAGGCUUCAUUGAACGACUGUGUAAACUAGCAACCCGAAAAGUAUCAGAAACAACAGGAACUUCCAGUUUUCUUCAAGAGCUGGAGGAGUGGUACACCUGGCUAGACAAUGCACUGGUUCUUGAUGCACUAAUGCGUGUGGCAGAUGAAGAAACAGAGCAAAGCAGCACAGAAUCUUCAGAUGAGAGUGGAUUUGCCAACACUUCAACAAGGAAUCAGCUUCCUCAGUCCAUGAAAAUUAUGCAUGAAAUUAUGUAUAAAUUGGAGGUUUUAUAUGUUCUUUGUGUGCUUUUAAUGGGAAGACAAAGGAAUCAGGUUCAUAAAAUGAUUGCUGAAUUUAGAUUGAUCCCUGGCCUUAAUAAUUUGUUUGAUAAAUUAAUCUGGCGGAAACAUUCAGCAUCAGCCCUUGUUCUGCCUGGGCACAAUCAGAACUGUGACUGUAGCCCGGAUAUUACCUUGAAGAUCCAGUUUUUGAGACUACUUCAGAGUUUUAGUGAUCAUCAUGAGAACAAGUAUCUACUUUUAAACAGCCAAGAGCUUAAUGAAUUGAGUGCAAUCUCCCUAAAAGCCAACAUCCCUGAGGUCGAGGCUGUUGUCAACACAGACAGAAGUUUAAUUUGUGAUGGGAAAAGAGGCUUGCUAACCAGACUUCUUCAAGUAAUGAAGAAAGAACCAGCAGAAUCAUCAUUCAGAUUUUGGCAAGCAAGGGCAGUUGAAAGUUUCCUGAGAGGUGCUACUUCCUAUGCAGAUCAGAUGUUCUUGCUAAAAAGAGGGCUUCUAGAGCAUAUUCUCUACUGCAUUGUUGACAGUGAAUGCAAAUCACGUGAUGUGCUUCAAAGUUAUUUUGACCUUCUGGGGGAACUGAUGAAAUUCAACAUAGAUGCUUUCAAGAGGUUUAAUAAGUACAUCAAUACAGAUGAAAAGUUUCAGAUAUUUUUGAAUCAGAUCAACAGUUCACUAGUUGAUUCCAACAUGUUGGUUCGUUGUAUUACUUUGUCUCUGGAUCGAUUUGAGAGCCAGUCAGAUAUUAAAGUUGCAGAAGUCUUGACUGAGUGCCGUCUAUUAUCAUAUAUGUCACAGAUGUCGAUGAGGAUGUCCUUUCUUUUCCGGCUCAUUAAUAUUAUUCAUGUACAGACACUUACCCAGGAAAAUGUAAGUUGUCUGAACACAAGUCUAGUUAUCUUAAUGUUAGCUCGAAGAAAAGACAAGCUCCCAUUCUAUCUGCGUACACUGCAAGAGAUGGAAUAUACAAAGAAAUAUCCUGGUUUCAUCCUGAACAAUUUUUAUAGUCUUCUUCGUUUCUGGCAGCAGCAUUACCUCAAUAAGGACAAGGACAGCACCUGUUUAGAAAACAGUUCGUGUAUUAGCUUUUCCUAUUGGAAAGAGACUGUCUCUGUUCUGCUUAGUAUGGAUCAGACAUCACCUUGUGCCAUAGUUAGCUACAUCGAUGAGGCGUACAUGGAUAUUGAUAGAGACUUCACCGAAGAGUAAUUCCACUGGUUCUCACUUCCAGUGGACAAUACCUCAGAGGGAAUCUUGCAGACAUUGGAUUUUCAGGGAUAUGCUGUGUGCACAAGCUUGGAACUAUGGAAUACUACUAUCUUAAUGUAUUUUCUCCCCUUGCCCCCACCACCCUCCUUAAAGAGCAAGAUUUCACAAACUUGAAACAUAUCAUAUAUUCAGGGAAACCUGCAUCCUGUUUGGAAUUGUCUGCAAAAAGGUCAGCUUUUUCCUGCUCAUGAUGGCUAUAAGCCUUUGAGCUUGGUAGGUGGGAUCUUUCAGAUAUGCAAGGGUUAGUUGUGGCUUUUCCUUCUGGUAACCCAAAUUAGAAGUUAAAAGGAGAGGUAAUUUCCUAUACCAUUGAAACAAGCUGGUUUUAUAGGCACACCUAAGGUACACCCGCCACUCUUAAGCCAUCAUAAAAAGUUGAUUCCUAACUUUUCACAUCUUUUUCUUUGUUUUGCAUUUCAAGAGGAUUGUGUGUGCAAUUCACUUUUAAAUUCAUAGAAAUAAUGGCUUGUCCUUCUUCUCUGCAAAUGAUUUUGGAAAUGUGUCCUACAAAACUGUCCCAUUCUCCUCUUUGGCUCCCUGUUGAAUUUUAUUCAGAAGUGUCUCUGGUCUGUGGAUUUGUCUUCAACAGAUUUUUGGAGUGCUGUCUAGAACAGGCAUAUAUUGCAGUGAUGGAAGUCGUUUGCUUUUUUUCCUGGCUUUUUGUUUGUUUGUUUGUUUGUUUAUUGGGUUUACAGAUAGAGUCAGAGGAAAAACAAGGGAAAAUAAAAAGAACAAAAAAAGUGAAAGAUUUACAAGCUUUGUAAAAUUAACCUAAUAGAUUUCAAAACGGCAUUGAUAUAAAUCUACAUAUUACAGUCUCUUAUACCAAUGUAGUUUUAAGUUAAUGUUAAAAUUAGCUUUUUAUGCAACAAUUAACAACUGUAACCAGUAUGAAUCAAAUUGUAAAUCAAAGUAAAAAAAAAAUACAGUAAUUUCUGCCUAAUCUAAGAAAUGUGAAUUUAACAUCAUAAAAAGAUUAAAUAUUAGUCUAAUAUGUAGAUUUAUGUCAGUAUCUUUUUGAAACAUUUUAGUUAAUUUUACAAUGUUUCCAAGUCUCCUUUCCAUCUCCAUUUUUGUUCUUUUUAUUGUUCCAUUUGAUUGUAUCUGUAAAUCUAAUAGACAAAAAGAAGGGGGGAGAACAAAUAAAUUAAAAUUUACUGAUUUUUUCUAAAUGCUGCAGUCUGGCCAUUUUGUCAAUAAACAAUGCAAAUGGAGUUUUCUCCCACAGUACUGCUUUUACUGAAUAUAAAACCUACUCUUGAACAGAAGGGUGUACUAAUUUGCACUCUGGGAACAUAGAGGUACCAGCUGAAAUGAAUGAAUUAGCACCAUCCAUUCUGAUGUGUAUAUAUAUAUAUUGUUCCUAAUGUGUAAUAGUAACUGGAAGUUGUCUAUUCUACUACUGAUACUUGUAUUUCAUAUGGGGUGAAUUAUUCCGUAAAUACUGAAUUUGCUAUUGUAACUGCCAGUGUUAAACAAGUUAGUUGGAAGACAGCAGUUGUUGAUUCCAGAAACAUUUUUGGAAUAAAAGCUUCAUUACAACCUUGUGCUCAGGCACUUUAUGAGGCAGUAAAACAGCCCUUUUUAUCCUCAGCUUUGAACUAUUCUUAUAUAUGCAUUUACAGUUUUGAAACAUUUUACCUAAAACAGAAUAGAUCCCUGAAAAGCCUCAAGUUAAAAUACCAAAAAGAUAUGCUGGUUGUAUUCUGUUAAAAUUUACCCUUCAGAGGAAAGUUUUUAUUAGUAUCAGCCCUUAGUUAGAAAUGUAAUGGCAAGACAUCCCCGUGAGAUCUAUAAGACUUGAAAGCAAGGUAGAAUUGAUCUGCUGUUCUCCCAUUCACGUUUGCUCUGCACGCGCUACUGCACCUUAUUUUUAGGCAAAAGCAAUGGAAACAACAGCUCUUCUUGUGGCUGGUUUGUGUACAAAUCUUAAUUAUUGAAGUAUUUACUGGGGGCAAAAAAAGUUUCCACUUGUAAUAAUGGUAAGAAGCGCCCUAUCAGGAAAGCCUGACUGCUCCGUAAUUCUCUGAUUGUGAAUCUGUUGGCUGAACAAAGCAGCACUUUAUUAAGGUUAUCCCUUGUUGUCUUAUCCUUUACGACUUGUCAGAAAUAAAAUGGAAACUUUGGAGUUAAUCAUGUAUCUUGCUUUAAAAAACCUCUAAGGGUAUCUUUAAACUGACUUCCCCAGUGUCCCUGUACUCCCAUUACACAUCUGAUGCCUUUGGAGGAUGUCAUUCAAGAAUUUUAAUUUGGGGACAAAUUUUGGGAGAGUCAGUUGCCUCUACAACAUCCCCACCCUCGGUUCUAGGUCAUAUUGUGUUGACUCUGUAACUGUAGUAAACAUAGAAUAAAGACUCAAAUGCCUGUGGAUUCCUUUGAUUAGAAUUGGAACAUUGACAGAAUAUGGCCAUAGCCUGCAAAAAUGAAUUCUAAAUACCUAAUUUUCCUUCAUACAUAUGUCUUUCCAUUGAAUGGUCAUGCUGCUUUUUCUAAUCAGUUUGGCUUUCAGUAGGACUGUUCUCACUAAUAUAAAAAAAAAAUCCUUAGCUACUUGUAGGGUUACUUGAUUUACCUAUCAAGCUGUGCAUUUAUUUCUGGCUUAUCAGUGUAAGCAAUUCCAAAGAGUUGGGUUGGAAGUUUUGGCUCAGGGUGUAUUAUUUGCCUUUUGGUUCCUAUAGGGAAACAUGAGUGUCCAUGUUCCUCUUCCACAGCUACUUCUGUAGAACUCCUUUGUACAUGAUGAGAAACUACAAUAGACUUGGAUUAAAUAUAAAUUGCUUCAAGGGGUAAUAGCUGGUGAAUCACAUUUAAGUGUGGCUGAAAAAGAAUUGGGAAGUCACUAAAGGAAUGGAACUGUUGUGUAGCAAAAAGGCGGGCUCCCCUGGCCAGCAAAUGUUUCUGGAAAUUUUAAUUAUUUCACAUGAAUUAAUGUUCAUGCUGCCCAGAUUAAUACUUACUAACACCACAUAAAUGUAUUAAAUGGAAUAAAGAAUUCUAUUUUAAAA